GGAGGAGCAGGCGGCGGCGGCCUGGCGUCUCCCCGCGCCUUUUCCCGCUCCUUUUCCCGGGGAGGGAGGCCCCCCGGUCGGGAUUGGGAUCGGGAUUGGGGUCGGGACCGGCCGGAAGCGGCGGUAGCCGCCGCGGGAACGCCCAGGGCCUGCAGGCAGUUGCGGUAGCAGCAGGAAGUUGCAGGGCCUGAGGGCGGUUGCAGGAGCAGCAGGAAGUUGCAGGAAGCUGCAGCAGGCGCAGCCGCCGCAGGAAGGUGCAGGGCCUCGCAGGCCGUUGCAGCAGCUGCAGGGAGCUUCGGGGCCUGCUGCAGGCCGUUGCAGUAGCUGCGGGAAGGCGCAGGCAAUUGCAGCAGGCUUAGGAAGGCGCAGGCAAUUGCAACGGUUGCAGCAGGAGGUGCGGGGUUGGGCGAGCCAUGGGCCCGGUGUUGGGCGGCCCGGGGGGGCUCCCCGCCCGGCGCCCGACCUGAUCCCGGGAGGGGCUCCGACCGCCCUCCGUCGGCCGUCGUCCAUCGUCCUCCUCCUCCCUCCUCCAUCGUGGUGGUGGGGGUCGCCGUCCCCCGUCCCCCCCGGCCGGUGCGGGCGGCGCCAUGUCGUCGGAGCCGGUGGAGAAGCUGCACGACAUCUUCCGCGGGCUGCACGACGAGCUGCGCCGGGCCCCCGCACGGAUGCUCGCCUGCGCCGGAGGAGAAGAGAGGAAGAAGCUCAUCAGAGACUUUGACGAGAAGCAGCAGGAAGCAAAUGAAACGCUGGCGGAGAUGGAGGAGGAGCUGCGCGGCGCCCCGCUGGCCUUCCGCAACUCCAUGAUGACCAAGCUGCGGGCCUACAAGAAGGACCUGGCCAAACUCCAGCGGGAGAUGAGGAGCGCGCCUCCGGUCUCCGGGCCCGGGGCCCGGCGAGACGCCAAGUACGGGGACUACGCGCUGGAAAACGAGCAGGCGACGCGCCUGCAGGCCCAGCGGGCCUUGCUCCUCCAGGGCACGGACAGCCUGAACCGGGCCAGCCAGAGCAUCGAACGGUCGCACCGCAUCGCCGCCGAGACAGACCAGGUGGGCUCAGACAUCAUUGAGGAGCUGGGGGACCAGCGGGACCAGCUGGAGCGCACCAAGAGCAGGCUGGUGAACACGAGCGAAAACCUGAGCCGAAGUCGGAAGAUCCUGCGGUCCAUGUCCAGACGAGUCACAACGAACAAGCUGCUGCUUUCCAUGGUCAUCCUCCUGGAGCUGGCCAUCCUGGGGGGCCUGGUGUAUUACAAGUUCAUCCGCAAGCACUGAAGCCGCCGGAUCGAUCGCUGGAUGGCUGGAUGUCUCCUCUGGAGGAGGCGAGCUGGGGCUCCUCCCUCCCUCCCUCCCCGCCUCCCGCCGCCGGCCGGAGCGCAGAGACCCAACCGCGGCCGGACCGUGGCUCCGGAGAGGCGGGGGCCGACCCGGACUGGAGCACCAGGGCGCCGGUUUAAUAUGCCAAGGUAAUGAAUGUUGUACCCGCCACGUGGUGAAAUUUACAGCCUGCCCCGAUAGAUGCCCAACGGACCGAAUAAAACCCUUUACAGAAUUCA